GUCAUUCAUCUCUUAGAAAGAGGAGAGGAAGCUACAACAGAAAGACAGGGAGAGCUUUUAUAAAUAACAAAGAAGACAUUUUUUUUACCUAGCAAUCCUGACUCGUUUCUCCUCUCAUUCAGACUCUAGAAGCUGCAUUUUUUUUCUUUGCAAUCAAGUUUUCACAUUACACUGCAAGUUCAGCUCCUGUGUGGAGAUAUUUCUGAUUCACUCUCAGGCAUCUGAAGACUCAUUUCCUGCUCUGAGAACUGCAGACAAAAUAUACCAAAGCCUGUUUGUUUAACACGAUUCCAGCAUCAGGAGCAGUCAUUCCAAAGUGAAUCUCUUGAGCAAGGACAGAGAGGGGCUGGGAGGGUGAGACUCUUUUUUUAUGCAGUUUACGCAAAAGGACUAGUUGGCUUAUUUGUGGAAGGUGAAGAGCGGGGUGACCUGGAAAGGAAGCGCCCGGGAACAGAAACGCUCUGGGAAGGAGGAGGAGGAGGAAAGGAGAAGGGUGGUUCAGACUGAGAAAGAGCAUCCUCCCAGCCCAGAAACAGAUAUCAACAAGACCACAACACCAGGUUUAUCUUUAUGUGUUUUAACAAAGAGAAACUAGGGAUUCUGCACGCUCACAUUCGGGACGCACCGGCACACCGCUGCAGAAUGGAUCUCCCUCCAAUCAGAGAUAUGUCUGAUGUCCCUUGAGAUUUGGGAGCCCCUUGCCCUGGCAUCCGGCCCCAGUGCCACACUGCUGGCUCCCCAGGAUGGAACACACUCAUUCCCUGAGAAAUGAGCAGGACUCAGUACUCUCACUUGAUCAGAUACGGGCCAUCCGGGCCAACAAUGACUAUGUGGACAGACCAGUGGCAUUGGAACCGGCAUCCCAAUCUGGAUUCUACUACGCCCAUGAGGACCGUAUAGUAUACAGCCAUCACCCCCAGCCUUCUUCUUUCUCCUCUGCUCUGUCCCGCAGUCAAAGUCAGCAGCAGCAUGCUCAUCUGGCACACCUGAGCCGCUCCAGCACCAUAAGCUCCUCAAUUUCUCGGACCAGUGCCACAUCCGAUCAGCGGCUUCUGGCAGGUUUGACGCCAUCUCACUCUGGAUUCAGUUCAGUCAUCCACUCUCAGCCUAAAGGGGAGCUUAAGUCCGACACUUCCUUCGGUAAAGGCCUGACAGACGAGGAAGCUGAACAUUUGUUCAUCUGUGAACGAUGUGGCCGCUGCAAGUGUCAAGAAUGCUGCAGCCCCCGCCGCCUGCCUUCAUGCUGGGCCUGCGAGCAACGUUGUCUUUGCUCUGCCGAGAGCGCUGUGGAGUAUGGUACAUGCUUGUGUUGUGUGAAAGGCCUGUUCUAUCACUGUUCUGCCCAAGAUGACGAGGAUAACUGCGCUGAUCAACCAUGCUCCUGCUCUGCAGCCCACGCCUGUGCUCGCUGGAGCACCAUGGCGCUGCUGGCGCUCUGUCUGCCCUGCCUCUGCUGCUACCCCCCUGCCAGGAUGUGUCUUGCACUAUGCCAGUGCAUGCAUGACCGAGCAACACGGCCUGGCUGCAGGUGCAGCAACACCAACACAGUGUGCCGCAAAAUUUCUGCCUCCAACCCUAACGCCGGUCACCCACCGCUACGAAGCAAAGACCUGGAAAAGUCGCUAUGACACGUCUAGAGUUGGGGGAGAAUAUCAAACCAAAAAAAUGGUGACAUUGUGGUCCACCUGUCUAUAAAUACCAACCUAACAAACCCAACGUCAAGUGUUGUUCUCCUAAAAUACUUUGAAUUUAGAUCUCCAACUCAGGGGGGACCAAAGACCUACUGUGCCUGUUCAUGUUGGAGACUUAAUGCCUGAAAACAAGAGCUCUACCUUUAACCCAGACUCUCAGACAAGAACAACUUCUCUUUGCCUUCUGUCUUGUUAUCUCAGCGUGAUAAAAUCUAUUUAUUUAUUGUUAAACCUCCUUCCUCCCCACCCUUUGCAGAAGGUUUGAGUGGAGCACAGAGAGGAGUGACUGACCCGUGGCGGUGUGUACAAUCCUCGCCAACAGGAGUUCCGUUCUCCAGAAACAGAAUUUCAGAGCAAGUACUGAAACUAAUCCUGAAGUGAUGUUCUGAGCACUUAUUGCAAUCUAAGGACAAAAAGGGAACAAAUUAAAUCUUUUUGCUACAUUGAUUGCUUGAGUAGGGCUAAGCAAAGCAUAAAGGCCAUAAAGUGACUGUCUUCACAAUCUGAAACCAAAAAAUGGGACCAUCCACUGUACUGACAAAGAGAAUUUAAAUGCUAUUAAGCUCAUUUGUAAAAGAAAAGCACUGUGAGGUGGAUGGACAAUGUUUUCCACCCAGAACUGAACUGGGAAUUAUUAAACCAGAGAGGAUGCAUCCAUUGUGUCAAGGCAGCGUGCGAAUGUGUUUGUGUGUCUCCUCCUACUGUACAACCUGUGUGUGUGCAUGUGUGUGUGUGUGUGUGUAUGUGUGUGUUGUUUUGUCAGCAGAAGAAGCCUCCCUUGUCUUUAUUUUUAGCUGUGCUGCUUUAGUCAAGCUCCAUGAGUCUGGUCAGGUUUCCUCUUGAAGUCAGUCUGUCGCCAGCCUCACCCCACUGACCGACCUCCAUCUUCCUUCUCCACUCCUCCUUUUCUUAUCUAUUCACUCAUCCACCAAUCAGGUAAUACCUUGGUUUAGGAGGGUUAGAUUUGCUAAUAAGCAAAAUUACCACGAGAAGAGCUUGCUUUUUGAUCGUUUGAAGUUUUCGGUCAUAAUGACAUCUGACGAAGGCUCAACCCAGACAGAUGGAAGAGAACUAAGACAAUCCAACUAGAAAGUAGACAUGAGGCAUUUAUAUUGUAUCUCCCUCCUGCCUCAUCUGUCUUCCCUCUAAAGCUCAGACGGCUAAAAGCCUCCAGUUCCAGGCCCACAGAGAGUUGAUCAAACAGGCAAUUAGCUUCCUGUUAGCUCUUAAUGGGCCAUAGAAGACCGGAGUGUGGGAGGGAGGGAGGAGAGCGGACAGGAUGCAGGAGGAGUUGUGGUGUUUGGCAGAUGGAGAGAGGGAUGCUAAGAGGGGGAAAAAGAGGUGGUUGAUGUUGCAAUGAGGUCAUCCUUUUUUUUAUUUCAGCACUUCAGGCUUCAAUGCAAGAGAAGUGCAACAGACAUUCUCAAAAAGGGAGCAUCUAAGGUGAAUGAAUACAACAGUCACACAAGUAUGGGUGUGUAUUUGUGUGAAGGGUGGGGCAUAUGUUUUCCAGUGUGUGUGUGUGUGUGCAUGUGUAUGUAGGUUUAAGAAUGAAUAUGUUUUAGCUUGUCUGUGCAAGAAUAAGCACAGACGUACACACUGACCUGAUAUGUUAAAUAUUACUUUGCUAUAUUUUUAUAUGUAACUGUGGACCUUCAGCUGUAUGAUUAUUUUUACUCAGUGUUAUUUUCAGACAGCGAUAUUGUUUUCCAUUAAAGUGAGAAAUUUCCUGUAUUCCUACACAAUUUUCUGAAACUUUUAGGGCAACUCUCACAAGCAUGAUGGGUUUUAGAAACAAUACUAACACCCAGCUGACAUGUGCAGUUAGCAACAAAUGGGUUUUGCCUUGUGCACUUGGUCCCACAGUGAGCCACAUCAGAAAAACCUUAUGAAGGUCUGUGUCUUGAACAACUAUUUUCAUUGUGCACUGAGGUGUUUCAUUAUUUUUUUUUGCUCAUUUUGUAAAUUUGUCUUAGGACAAAGGAUGAAAAUGAGCUAUUAUGCCAAGAAUUAUGGUAAUGUUGACUAAGGUGCACUGUCCGAAAUGUCAUGCAGCCCUGUUACCUGAGCAGAUAGACUGACCAGCUAGCAUAGGACUGUUGUGUUAGUUAAUAAAGACAAAAAUGGUCAAAAGAGAUAUUAUUCUGCACGAUAAGCACUUGAAAACUUCUGAGUAUAAUAAAAAUAACAAGAAACACAUAUUCCAGCACUGUAAUGUUAUUUUAGCAGCAUUUGUUAUUAUCUCUGUUAUGAAGUGUUACUGUCCAGGGUUUGCCUGAGAGUUGCCCUAGAUUUUUCCAUACAUCACUGAUCCUACACUGAAAGUUGAGUUUUGACUUAUAAAUGUUUUCCUCCUUUUUUUUAAGUCACAAUGUUGCAACUUUUUCUGCAUUUACUAUUGUCUGCGCCAUAAUUACUGCAAAUAGUCCAAAUAACAUAAUCAGAUGCUCAGUAAUCAAAUCCCUAAGUGUUACGUCCACAUCAAUGAAGAUACAUAUGAGGACCCAUUUUUAUAUUAUAGACACAUAAAACCAUGCUUUCUGAAAACAUAAAAGAAGUUCCUCAUUGGAGCCAUUUUUGAUACUUUGCUGGUAUAUGCAUGCAACUGUGAAUGACUAUGCUUCAAAAGCAGCAGAACAGCUUUGGUGCCUGAUUUAAAAACACUGGCGUGUUGGGGUUAACAUUUUUAAAGUAAUGUUUUUCAAUUGCAUCUUCAUUGUUGUGGACUCAGGUGGAUUCUGCACAAAAUCUCUGCUUCAGUGGCUGAAUGCCUGCAGUCAAACCUUGGUGCUUGUGAAGACCAUGUGAGGAACAACUGUUUCAUUCUGGAUUCGCUUUAGCUUGAACUCUUUAGCUGUUUGGUUUGUUGUGUACAGAAACACACAGAGAGGGGAUCUGUGGAGAAGAAGCCAAACUCAGUUCCAGACAAACUUAGUUUAAAUUAAUAGUUUUUAAGUGUUCAUAUUUUACUGACACAUCCUGUCAAACUAAUGUUAAUGUUCUGAAUCAUGAACUGAGUUUAUGACUCUCCUAAAUUUAUUCCUGUUGCUUUCCUGCAUCUUUCCAUCUUUUUCCCCAUUUUCUUUUUUCACUUCUACCCUUUUCCUUCUUCUCCCUCUAUUCUUC